AUGCCCCAAAAAACAGAGCACCCUGCCCAUCCAACUCACCAUUUGACCCUCCAAAUCUCACCUUCCUCUUCUAUCGAAACCUUGAAAUGCGAGGCUUGUGGAGAUCAUGUCAAUGGCUUCUACUACAGUUGUUCCGAAUGCAGCCUUUGUUAUCAUGUGUUGUGCUCGGCACUGCCCCUUUCGGUUUCGGUUUCAUCUCACACACACCAACUCAAACUCACGUUUUCGCCUCCUUACAACUUCAGCUGUGACAUAUGCAGCAAACCGAGCUACAAUGGGUGGCUUUAUAGGUGUCAGAUUUGUGAAUUCGAUACCCAUCUCCUGUGUGCUAUCUCUAACCGAAGAACGCAAUCUUUUCCCAACACUUUGAAUGGGGAGAGUACAUAUUCUUCUUCGAAAAAUUCUCGAGGCAUUCGCAGAUCAUCGGAUCACAGUAGUGAAGGUGAUGGAGUAAUGCAGUUGGUAACUCAGGCACUUCUCUGCCACAAUGAGGAGAGUGUCAAUGACCAAGAACUUAUUGAGAGAAAUGCAGUUUUUAGGCUACAUAGUCCUAAACAAAAUCUAAAUGUAAAAAGUACCCACUGCAGUGUUGGUCCACUUGAUCAAACUGAAGCAGAGACUGGUAACACUUCUCCAAAUCCAGGGAAGCCAUUUCUACACCAAAGUCCACUACCUGCUGCAGUCUCUGAAGAUAUGAGCACGAUCCCGAGUUUCCAAUUCAGUGAUGCGUACUUCUCGAUAGAUUUGGCGAAGUCUUAUUCAAGUUAUGACCCCAAGAACAAGGCAAGGACUGAAGCCAAUGAUGAUCAAGGUGCAAAAGGAAGUGGUCCUGAAGUUGAAGGGACAAUUAAUAGCUAUAAAAAUACUGAUCAGAUAUCCAAUUUGAAAUUUAGUGAUUUUAGACAAGAUCAGAAACAACUAAGUUAUUGUAAUAAAGGGACGGGCCUUAUUUAUUCCCUUAGUAUGGGGAGAGAUGAGAAGCUGAUGAAAGAAGCAUUCCUUGUCAGAAGUGACACUCUUACAAGGGAGGAAUUAGCCAAAUUCAAGGGCAAGAAGAGCAAAUCAGCCAAUGAAACCAAAGGCAAAUCAGCUAUUGCUAAUCAGAUCAGUAGAUCAGAUACAGAUAGGUCCAGUGGUUCAAGUUGGCAGAAGAUCCUAUUUCGCUUCUGUUUCGCUACGUAA